UUCCCUUAACAUUCUCUUCCUCUCUCUACGACAACUCAACGAAGAUCUCUCUCUCUCUCUCUCUCUAGAAAAGUAAGAGUUUUCAAUUUUGAGUUUAUCUUCUAAUUCGAAUUUCAGCUCAGCUCAGCUCAGUUCCAUCAACCAUGGCUAACAUUGACGAAUUUUCAAAGCUUCAGUUCAUCAAACAGCAUCUCCUUGGUGACCUUUCUUCUCCUUUGAGUAACUUCCCAUUUGGUCUCACUAGCGAGUGGAGUAGCUCCGAGUCGAAUCAAGAUUGUUCAACUUCCACCCCUGAAUCUCUGAUCCAAGUCUCCGAUUACUUGGACUCCGACGAUGUUUUCGAGUUCAUUCCCGGUCAAAACUUGAGCCAGACCCAUUUCUCUGGGUUUGAAUCGAAACCUGAAGUGGUCGAUCUCACAACCCCUAAAACUUUAAAUAUAAGUAAUAAUAGCAAUAAUAGUUGUAGUAAUAACUCGUUUGAAUUCGAAUCGAAGCCUCAAAUUUUCGAUCUUAGACGUUCAAACUCUGGAUCGAGCUGCAAUUCCUUCGAAUUCGAGUCAAAGCCCCAAAUUACUCGGUCUAAAUCGACCGAUUCGAGCUCUCCCUCGAGCCGAAAGAGGUCCUUAACGAUUUCGCUCCCGGCCAAGACGCCAACCCAAUGGAUCCAAUUCGGGGCACCGAAGCCGGUCGCUCAGGUUGAGAAACCGACCGUGGCUCAGGACGAGAAAAAGCAUUACAGAGGAGUACGACAAAGGCCGUGGGGCAAGUUCGCUGCUGAGAUCCGUGACCCGAACCGAAAAGGCUCCAGGGUCUGGCUCGGUACAUUUGAAACCGCAAUUGAAGCCGCUAAAGCUUAUGACCGAGCCGCCUUUAAGCUACGUGGCUCAAAAGCCAUACUUAAUUUUCCUUUGGAAGCUGGCAAGUGUGAUCAGGAGGAGGAGAAUGUUACCGUUAAGCCAGUUGAGGUGAAACGACACCGUCAAGAGGAGGAAGAAACAGAAGCGAAACCGGCUGUGUUGGAGAAGAAGAUAAAAUUAACAGAAACAGAGGAUACCUCUCUCAGUUACUUGAGGGAUAUUCCACUAACGCCGUCAAAUUGGAUGGCUUGGGACUCUGACCUUAAGGGGGUUUUCAGCGUUCCGCCUUUGUCUCCGUUAUCUCCACACCCGUCGCUCGGAUUUCCUCAGCUCAUGGUUGUAUAAUAUAGAUAUAAAUAAUUUUUCCAAAUUUCGUAAAUGUAAAUAUUGCAGCAAAUUUUUUUAUUUUAUUUUAUAAAUGGGAAGAGUUUCUUAUAUUUGAUUAA